AAGGUUCGAUGGCGCAGCAAAAUAAUUUAUAAUUUUAUUUUGAUUAACUUGUCAAACUUUUUGACCCCUCUUAUCGGAUGAUAAUUUCGCUAUAUUCCGAGUAAUAUUUUUUUUUUAAAGUUUUUAUUUAUAUAUUAUUUCCAUUUUUAUUCCUUUCAAGAAAUUUUUUUUUUUAAAAAAAAAUUAUUUUAAAAUCAUUUAAAGUAAAGAAAUGAGGAUUAUAUAGGAAAAGAUGCACAAUCUCGUGUUAAAACAUGCUAAUUUACAUGAUUUUAAUAAUUCAGUUGGGCGUUAAUAUGCUUUGCUUUGCUUUGCUUGUUGUUGUUGUUGUAAUGUUUGAUGGAUGGAUGAAUGUAGUUUUGGAAGUGUUAUUAACUAAUAUACAACUUGGCGAAAUGGACUCGCAUGGACCAAUUUCAGUUCGUACCCCCACAAAUUUGGUUUAG